CCCAAUCAAACACCUCUCGGCGUAGCUGUCUCCGUCGCUGUCUCCGUUGCUGUCUCCCUCGAUAUCUCCGAGGAUCUCUCCGUCGCUGUCUUCCUCGAUCUCUCCGUGGAUCUCCCGUCCAUCUCGCCGUCUAUUCCCUCCGUGUAUCUCUCCGUCCAUCUCUUGGCGUAGCUGUCUCCGUCGCUCUCUCCCUCGAAACCUUCCCAGAUCUCUCCGCCGAUUCGAAUCUUUACCAGGCAAUGGGAUUGGAUUAUUCGUACACGCAGCCGUCUGAGUCGGAGGAUUACGGUUUAAGAGGUUCAGCAGACAGUGGAAACAGCUCUACAGAGAUGUAUAUCCAGCUGGACCAAGCUCAGAUCGAAGCCGCACGCCAUCAGUACCCUCCGCAGCUUGAAGUGGAGUUUGGCUUCCCCAAGGAGUGCUACUGUGGUGGAGAGCCACUUGUAGCCACUUCUUACACAAGAACUGACCCGGGGAGAAGGUUCUACACCUGCAAGAACAAACAGGACGGAGACUGCCAUGUCUACAAGUGGUGGGACGUCGCGGCUACAGAGGAGAUCAAAGCACUUGGUGCACAAGUGACCCUCCUCACUGAUAAGGUAGAUUCGCUUUCAUUCGUCGGUUACGAGGAGACCGAGCUGCGGGAGUUAAAGGAAGUUCAAUUUGAUAUGGAGCAGAAAUUGGUUAGGUUGGAGAGCAUUGUAUGUGACUUAGGUAGAAAGAAAUCUAGAUUUGGUUAUGGGUUUGAACUAGUUGUAGGUGUUCUGGUUGUUGUGUUAGUGAUAAUAGCCAUCGGAGUAGCUGCUCGUAUGUAGGUUUAUAUGUCUUGUGUUUAUCGAAAAUGUAUGAUUAUCCUUGUGUUUUGUUAAAUUUUGUUCAACUCGGAUUAUGUAACCCUAUCUAACUCGGAUUAAAUCUUGUUUCAAUGUCUUGAUUGAUUAUUUUUAUCAAAACUCUUACUUCAUUCAAAAAAUUUAUUUUUUUAAAAAAAUUUGUUUUUGCAUAUACCAACUAAAAGAAAAACGUAUUUUUACAUAUAGCUAUUCAAAUAACUAAAAUUAGUUGUAACUUUAUAGCUAUAAAUAUAACAUGUCUUUCAAUUACAAAGUCACAACUUUUCAUUGUCGAUUCACUUCUAAAACAAUCACAACCACUUCUCAAUAAUUUAUAAUGGCUUCUUCAUCCCAUUAUCAUUAUCAUAAAGAUGAUGAUGAUGAGAUCGAUCUUGAUACUCCUUAUGAAGAAUUUUAUAACAAUUGUGCUCUCGUACAAGAACCAGAAGAUAGACAACGCCGUAAUGUUCAUGAGAGACACCGGGAAGAAGGCCACACCUUGCUUUGGAAUGAUUAUUUUGCCGACAAUCCAACUUACUCUCCCGCUCUUUUCCGCCGACGGUUUCGAAUGAACAAAAGUUUGUUCCUGCGUAUUGUGAAUCGUUUCUCAACAGAGAUUCCAUAUUUUCGACUAGCAGAAGAUUGUACCGGACGGACAAGUCUCACACCUCUACAAAAAUGUACUGCAGCAAUUCGACAAUUGGCAUACGGUGCUGCGGCGGACUCGGUGGACGAAUAUAUCCGUCUAGGCGAAUCAACAGCUCAAAAAUGUUUGCACAAAUUUACCGCCGGAAUAAUAACCUUGUUUGGCGAAGAAUAUCUACGACGUCCAACACAGGAGGAUCUGCAAAGACUACUACAUAUCGGAGAACAACGUGGAUUUCCGGAGAUGCUUGGAAGCAUCGACUGUAUGCAUUGGGAGUGGAAGAAUUGCCCCACGGCUUGGAAAGGAAUGUACUCAUGAGGAACCGGAAAACCGACAAUUGUGUUGGAGGCGGUAGCUUCGUAUGACCUCUGGAUAUGGCACGCGUUUUUUGGAGCACCAGGUACUAUGAACGAUCUAAAUAUUCUUGAUCGAUCACCUGUUUUUGACGACAUUAUUAAUGGCAUCGCGCCACGAGUGAACUUCUAUGUUAAUGAUAAUCAGUACCAUUUCGGAUAUUAUCUCACUGAUGGUAUUUAUCCGAAAUGGGCGGCUUUUAUUCAAUUUAUCUGACUACCACAAAAUCAGAAGCAUUCAUUAUUUGCUCAAACCCAAGAAUCAGUUCGAAAAGAUGUCGAGCGUGCCUUCGGAGUCCUUCAGGCUAGAUUUGCCGUUGUCAAAAAUCCGUCAAAGUUAUGGGAUAAAGAGAAAAUAGGAAAUGUUAUGAGAGCAUGUAUCAUACUCCAUAAUAUGAUUGUCGAAGAUGAACGGGCAUCAUUCACUCAGUAUAACAAAUUUGAGUUUCAACCAAGAGAAGUUCCGGAUACAUUUACCGUCAACAUGCCUUCGAAUAUCAGUGAAAAUGUCGGCACUACAAUGGAUCGUCGAACAAGGCUUCGGAAUAGACAAAUCCAUGAAAACUUAAAAGACGAUUUGAUUGAAAAUAUAUAGGAUAAAUUUUGACAUCUUCCGAAUAAUAUGUAAUUUUAAGUUUUUAUGAAUAAAUUGUGUGUGUUUUAAUUUCUGAACUUUGUAUUUUUUUUCCACUAAUAAAAUGUUUGUAAUUUUAAAAACUAGUUUAAAAAAAAAUUUAUAAACCUAAGGACCUAUCAAAAGUCCCACCCAUAAUCAACAUUUUAACAAAAGUCCUUAACCAAAGUCCUAAACUACAUAAACUAAUUAAAUACUCUAAGGACCAUUCUAAAAGUCCUAUUGAUGCACUUGCUCUAAGGGAAAAGCAUCUUUUUACAUUGUUUUUAGCCAAACAUACACAAAUUUGUGUAAGAGACACUAUAGCGCCAAAGUACAAGCUGGCAAAUUGUAGAAAGCGAGAAAUCAACGUGUAGUUCAAUUUUUUGUUUUAUUUUUCUGAAAAAAAAGCGGAAGAUCUGCAUGCAGAUCUCAACCGCUAAACAAUUAGUGUGGUUAAUCCGUUUUCUUCUUUUCUUAUCCAAUAAAUAAAUUUGUUAUAUAUUUAUUUACUUUAAUAAAUACAAUAUUUUUAUUCUAUUUUAUUUAUAACUUUAACAACACAAAACUAUCAUUAUCUAGUUAUUUCAAUUUCCAUAUAAUUUUUACAUUUUCUUAAAUUAUUAUUAUAUAUAUAUAUAUAUAUAUAUAUAUAUAUAUAUAAAAAGGGGUUUUCAAAGUUGGUGUUAAAACUUUGAAAUACUGUUUUAGUUUCAUUCAAAUUGAAGUAAAAUUUUCAUUCAUACUUCUUCUGAAAACUUUAUAAACUUAAAUCAGUUUUCAACAAUCUGGGUAAUUUUGUGACUCCCAUUAAUUUGGGAUGGGUCCGUCCCUCUGCGUCCUGUUGUCUUUAAGGCUAGAACCACGGGGAUAACAACAUGAAUGAGGUAGAACAUAAAGUAGUUUCAUACAGUAAAAAUCUAAGGAGAUAAUAAUUCUAUUAACUGAUAACUAAAAAUAUAUAAAUAAAUAGAAACUGUUGUUGCAAAUGUUUCCAAAAAUUAGUUAAGAGAAUUUUGCCAAGAUGUCAAUCCAACUUGAUAGAAGCCGAACUCAAAUUUUUGACAGGUCGAACCAAUAAUAAAUUUAUUUUGGGGCUACAUCUCGGACACAUCCAAUUUCAAUAUUGAGGUUUACUGUUUAGUGUUUACAUUCAAGCUUUAAAAUAUAGCUGGAAAUUAGUGUUGAGCAUUUACAUAUUUUUGUUUUUUUUUUGAGAAAAGCAUUUACAUUUUUUUUGCUCUUUUAUUUUGUAAGAACUUUAUUAUAUUGAAUUCUGAUUACAACCAACAUAAGCAAAAACUCUGUGACAAAGAGUGAAAACCAAUUGUUCAUAAUUGAAAAGCAAUAAAUCAAACAAAUAGGUUAGACGUUGCUUUUCAUAAUAUUUUAAUGUAAAUUUUUUUCUUAUAAUAAGAUUUUCAACAUGUCUUGUAAUUUGUAGUUUGUACUUAUAUAUAAGAACAUAACUCUCUAGUGAGUGUUUGUAAUCAAGAUUUUAUGAUUUUUUUAAAAAGAAUAACUUAUACUAAUCGAGCAUUUACAAGGUUGGAAUAUAUAUACAUCUAGAGUAGAACAGUUUAUUGGGUGGUCAUCUCUUUGCCACAAUAUUAACAGCUUCAUUAAAAUUCUGUUUAACAUGAAAAAAACUUGUUCUUUCAAACUUAGAUGCCCAUUGUCUGGUGUCUUUAAGUAAAUUUUUUUGAAGUUUAAGGACUUGGAGCUUGAUGUAUUGGUGCAAUGACGUAAAUAAAGUGUUCGAUAACAUGAUUCUGUUGAGUAUAACUCGUACAUAUUCAAGGAUGUCGGAGUCUGGCAGUGUUGCAAUUGUGUUACGCAUGGACGAUAGUUUAUAGAACGUCUACAUGUAAUGAAGAACUAAAAGCAUGGUAAUGUUGAGAGUUUUCAUUAGCUGAUCUUGUUUGGACAUGCUUCACAAACGAGAACAUCCUCGGAUCACAAAUUAAAAGAUUUAGUGAUGCUACUUUUUAAGAAAAUAUAUAUUGCACAAUUGGAAAAAAUUAUUGGCUAUAUAUAGGAUAGCUUAGACUUAAGAUUAGGUUAAGAUUUUAACGUUGUAUUCUCACAGAAACACAAAAGGAGUUUUGGGGUUUCAAGAAGUGAGUGAUUUGUAGAGGUGACCAAUGAUAUACCAUAUAUUUUACCAGUUUUUAGCCAUGGUAUAUAAGUUUUUUAUAACCUAUUUAUUAUGUUUGAAGUUUUUUAAGAGUAUUUUUAGGUCAAGAAGUAUUUUGGAGCAAUGUGGUGAUUUUGGAGCAUCUUGGAGAUAAAGUUAGAAGAAACUCGUAGCUGUCCCUCGAACCAGUCUAGAGUCGACAUUCAGCGUCAAACGUCGAUCGACAAACAUCCCGUGUCAUCGAUCGUCAGCGAAGCGCACAAGCCUUGACUUGGUUUCCAGCCGACUUAUAUUCCAAGUUCCACAACAAUUACAGAAAUACUCUUGAUCGAUUUUAACCUAAUAUUUAUGUAUUCUGUCUUUUUUUGGCAACCCACGUUUUUCAUACUUUCAUAUUUUCACAACAAACAUAUUUAGGGUUUUUAAUAGUUUGUAGAGAAGAUCCAAUACUCGUUCAGAGCUUUGUAUUGGAACUCUAGUUUUUCUACUAUAUUAUAUUUAUGCAUCUUAUUCAGAUUAUUGCUAUGCUUUACUUUGCUAUGUCUGAGUAAUUUCACUUGAUAGAUUUAGAGUAUUAGUAAAGUUAUGAGAGAUUAGCCCAAACUAUAGAAUUGUUAAGGUGAUUGGCAUCCUUCAAAGAAUUGGUUGUAAUGCUUGUGUUCUACAGUAGCUAACUAGAACCCUGAUUUUAAGAUUGUGGACAACUACGACGGUAGGUUGUGCACCAAAAUAGAUUCCCUUCAGAUAGGAUUGAUAGAAACAAGCGCAUCUGAUUUAGUUAAGACUAGUGAACCUAUCGAUCAACUCGCUAAUGCUUGCCUAAGGAAGCAUCAAUCGACGCUAAUAUCAUAGCAUUGAUCAACGUUUGAUCUGUAUCAAUAAGUGGAAGCAGAGAUAUUGGACUUAGUCAAUAGGAUUGAUUCACAUACGAAAGCUGAAAUAUUUUCUCAUUAGAGUUCGAGUUCUAGGAUUGACAACUUAAGCAUUUUAUAUCAUCAUAAUCAUGAUUACCUAAAACCCUAAAUUUAGCUGUUUUCUCAUAACUAUUUACAACCUCAAUCAAUCAAUCAACUGAACAACUACCUUGUUCGCCUCUGCUGUUUAUUGAUUUACUAUGUUUCUUAAUCAUAAACUGAUUAGGAUCUAUUGUGUGUCCUAGCUCCUUGUGUAUUUGAUCCCUAAGUACUACAGCUGAACCUCUUAUGUGAGAGAGUAAAAAUCACUCAUUAGGAUAAUUUGAGUGAUAUGAAUCAACAUUGGUUGGUUCACUCAAAGGGUAGAUUAAGAAUUGAGCUGUGUCAAGCCAUUUGUGGCGUUGAGUAAUUCAGAUUAAACAAAUCUGUAAGAAAUUCUUAAUAAAAAGAGAAGUUUGUCUUGAAUCCCUUAUGUUCUUAUUGAUUUCACUAGCUACAUACAUUUUAUUUGGUAUCAGAGCUAGGUUGCGAUCCUUGGACAUGUGAAGCUUAACGUGUUGGUGCAAUUGCACAAAAAGGGUUCGUUGACAUGAUUUUUUGAAGUAUGGUUCGUCCAUAUGAAGCUCCAAAUCCUUUUAUUACCAAAACAUAUAAUCCAUUCAUCAAAACUUUAAGAUUGUACAUAAAUAUAUGGUUGCCUUCAAGUAGAUUUCUUACCAAAGUUAAAUAUCCAUUUGAUGUCUUCAUAUUUUAUAUUAGAACUUGAAAUACCAUUUUUGUUUGACUAUAAGCUUUUCUUCUUUUUUGUCAUCUGAAUAGAUCAUUGUUCAGUUUCAAAACAAGAUUAUUACAAGAAACCCACUCUCUCACGCAAACAAACAAACCCUAGUGCCGCCGUCGCUUUCCCCCGACGUCCUGUGUCUUUUUUCUGGAGUCUUUGGUAUCUCCAUCUCUUCCUUGUCUUUUUUUUUCUCUCUCGGUGAAUCCCAACCCCUAUAGUGAUAUGCUCGGUGCUUUGUAGUCUGAUGAAACUUCUUGGGUCAACUCUGUCUGUGGCGGGGAAGAAUCAGCUGGUUACUGAGGUUCCAUGGAGUUUUAGUGAGCUACGGGAGGCAGAAUCACUAUGAUGGGUCGGACUUUUGGGUUUGGAGUAUUCCGACAAUCGUUUUCCCUUAGAUCUGUCGGACCUUUCCAUGGAGGAGGACGCAUGGGAUCGCGGAGUGUUAUGCAUGUUGCAUAUCUGGUGGUUCGCGAGAUUAGUGGUCCGUUCUGAUGAGAUCUGCAGGAAGAGGGUCGUUGUGUUCUGGUGUCGGAGAAGCACGGCGUCAGUGUGGUUCUGACUAUUCUCAAUCUCGGCCAAGUGAAACUUAAAGGUCAAUUUUUUCAAGGGUGUGAACAGAUCAGAAAUGCUAAUGGGUAUUGGCUCGUCAGGCUCUUGUUUCAUGUGUGUUUGAACCUCCAAGCCUCCGUAAUGGGUCGUCUAUGGCUUUGUCUGGAGCUGGGGUGGAGGAUGCUUUACUUUGGACUUUCCGGAUCUCACCAUCGAUGUGAAGGCAAGCUGCAAGAAAGCUAUCCAUUGUUUCUCGGUGGUGGCACAUGGAGAGGCUAGUUCACUCUUCGGUUGGUCAACAAGAGCAACUAUGUCUCGGUGACGCUCAUGUGUUGGAAAAGGUCAUUCACAAUACCAAAUAGAAUAGGAAGGCUCGGUCCGGUAGACAUGUUCCUUCUUUCUGGUUUGCAGACAUAAGAUGGAGCGCGAUGGAUGCUAAAUCCUCAACCCAUGUUUCUUGAAGAAUGGUGUGGAGGCUUAAGAGAAUAUAUGAGACUCCUGUCUCAGUGCCUCCAUAAGGUAUGAUCAUCCUUCCUUUGCAAGAAUCAAUUGAUGUGGCUUCUCAUCAUUUAGAGCUCUCUAGCUGAGAAAAUACACCAACGUGGUGUCGUUAUGGUUGGACAAGCACAACACUCAGAUAUUUUGGCUCCAACCGUUAUGGGCAGUAAAAAAAAUUCUUAAGUCAGGGCUGACUGAAUGGUUAGAAGUAGCUUUGUAUUCUUGCAUUUAGUGGUUUAAUUAGGUGGUCUAAGAGACAAUUCAUUCUGAGUCGUGGGAUGAAUUUAUUUUUAUCAUGGUAAAAAAUACAAUGUCGUAUUUGAUUUUGUAGCUUAGGAUCCUUCUUAUUGUUCUUAAGUGAUACUAGAUAUUGGCA